AUGGGAAAAGGUAAAAAUAAAGUAUCAGAUGAAAGAGCUACUAAGUCUCGAAUCUCAAAUGGCCACAAGUCGAAACAACACCAUCAUAAGAGAGGAAGACAAGAGAUAGGUGUGAAAAGUUCCAAGGUCGCUAACUUCCCAGUGAAAUUGGCCAUGUGGGAUUUCGACCAUUGUGACCCUAAGAGAUGUAGUGGGAAAAAAUUAGAAAAGUUGGGUUUCAUAACUAAUUUAAGAGUCGGUCAAAAGUUUUCUGGUAUAAUUGUUUCGCCAAACGGAAAGUCCGUAGUUUCUCCAGCUGAUCGUGAAAUAGUAGAAAAUUUUGGCAGCGCAGUUGUGGAAUGUUCUUGGGCAAGAUUAGAAGAAAUACCGUUUGAAAAAAUCGGAGGAAAGCACGAAAGGUUGUUGCCGUAUUUGGUAGCUGCUAAUCCAGUGAAUUACGGUCGACCCUGGAAGCUUAAUUGUGCUGAGGCUUUAGCUGCAUGUUUUGCGAUAGUAGGGCACAUUGAGUGGGCCGAAACUUUACUCGAUAACUUUUCAUGGGGUCCUGCUUUCUUGAAAAUUAACAAAGAAAUUCUUGAAUUAUACUCCUCGUGUACUAGUUCUGAAUCGGUCCUGAAAACCCAAGAAGAAUGGUUGCAAAAGAUUGAAGAGGAAGCAGCGGAAAGAAAGCGGACUAAUCAAAACGGCGAUGUCUGGAUGACAGGGAAUGUCAAUAAGCUUUGUAAUAAUGCACUUGAUAGUGAUAUAUAUGACAGCUCAAGCGAAGAAGAAAAAGACGAGAAAUAUAAUAAUGCUGAUGAUGAUAGAAAAGUCCAUCGUGAGCCAAGGAAGGUUUUCGAAAAAGGGACGCUGUCUUGUUCCGAUCUGGAAGGAGAAGAUGGAUCAAUAAUUGAGCUUUCCAAGACUAUGUCAAAAAAAUCUGGUUCAAGUUCGCAAGAAGAAAAAGUAUAUGACAAACUAGGUAAUUUAGUUAUUUAG